AUCCAAUCGACUCCACACUUGGCGGGUGUACGGCUGGGGACCUCUGCGGACUGACUCUACGGUGUUUUCAUUUACGUAUGCAGCAGCCCUUAAGGUGCAGCGUUUCAGUUGACUGCGGUUCACUUUUCCUGCUGGAUGCAGGUGGAUACAAUCAAAUUACAACCAAACUCUUCUUCACUUCACUGAAGUCAAUGACCACGACCGGAUACAGGAACAGCACCCCAGCGUAUGUCCUCUCCUCUAGCGUCCUGUCGCCAUCGCAACCACAACCUCACGCACGUGGAUUUCGAGAGAAGCCAGGAUCCUCCUAGUGGCGCUGGCAGCCUGUGGCAGUCUGUCGGCAGUUGAAAGACUUGCUGUCAACUGAGGGGACAAAUUUCCUGGUUUGUUUUCACGACAGACCACCUUUGCUGAUUCUAGAGGGCUCUGUAUGAAGUUGAAAUUCUGAAUAAUUAGUAUGGCUGUCUGACAACCUUUACUGAUGCUAAUAUGCCUAAAGAUAGUCGUGCCAAGCGGAAGCGGAUGCGGGAGGCAAAGCGCCGUGCACGUGCAGCUGAGUCAGACGAAGCACGAGCUGCACGCCUGGCAAGCAAUGCUGCACGCAAUGCUAAAAGGAGAGCAGAGGAACCACCAGAGAUACGAGCGGAGCGCCUGGCAAGCAAUGCUACGCGCAUUGCUAAAAAGAGGGCAGAGGAGCGCUGGGAGCGUGACCUUCAACAUCACACACGCAUGCAAGAGGAGUACUACCUUGCGCAGCUAGCAGAGCGCCGGGCAAGGGAUGCCGUACGCUAUCAGCAAGUGCUGGCACGACUGGACCAAGUGCACCAUUACAAUCGCAACCUCGCACGAUAUGAUGAUCCUAACUUCUUCCAAGAGGAGCUUCAAGGUCCACUAGAGCCGCCCUCAGUAGACGUCAAGCUGGCGACCGUAGCAGGAAAGAAGGGCAAGAAGGCUGAGGAGGAGGAGCAGCCUGCAGCACCUGAGGCGGUGCCUGAAGCAGCAGCAACAACAGCACCAGCAGCUGCAGAACCAGCAGAGGAGGAGGAAGAAGAGGAGUAUGUGGUGGAGAAGGUUUUGGACCGCCGAGUGGUGAAGGGCAAAGCGGAGUUUCUGCUGAAAUGGAAGGGGUUCUCAGAUGAGGACAAUACAUGGGAGCCAGAGGAGAACCUGGACUGCCCCGACCUUAUCGCUGAGUUUAUGUCGAAAUACAAAGAGAAGGAGGAGAAAAAGAAGGAGGGCAAAAGGAAAGCCACGAGUGAGGCCACAAAGGAACCUGAAGAGAGGGGGAGCAAGAGGAAGAAGGAAGAGGGUGAGAAGGCCAGAGGUUUUGGCAGAGGUCUGCAGCCAGAGAGAAUCAUUGGUGCGACGGACUCCAGUGGAGAGCUCAUGUUCCUCAUGAAGUGGAAGAACUCAGACGAGGCCGACCUUGUGCCGGCCAAAGAGGCCAACGUCAAAUGUCCCCAGGUGGUCAUCUCUUUCUAUGAGGAGCGCCUCACCUGGCACUCUUACCCCACGGAGGAGGAGGAGAAGAAGGAGGAGGAGAAAAAAGACUAGAUGAGUGGAGGUGGAGGAGGAGGAGGUGCUAAGGGGAAAAGAAAGGAGGUGUGGAGGUGCAGGGCGGGAAAUCAACUACACGCUGUUGUCCUAUUUAGUUGACUCUAGCAGCCACUUUGGCAGCGAAAGCGGAGAAAAUCCCAGAACGUUGGGAGUUAACUGCCAAUCUUGCUGACGGAAGAAAAAAAGAUGUUUGUUUUCCUGCCCUGGAAGGAGACACGCAUCCUUUCCUCAAAAGAUGCUCCCACCUGUAUCUCGACUGAAAAUGUAAUGUUUUUAAAGAGGUAGGUUGACACUUUGUGUCUUUGAUUUAAUUUUGUUUCCCUCACCAAGAACGUGUCACUUGAUGGGAACUGGUGCCUUUUUGUUCUGCUUGUAUUCCUCUUUGUCGUCACAAGCUGAAUAUUGAACUGAAUACAGUGAAAUGAUUGAAGUGUUUGUCUUCUACAUUUGGUGACAAGUGCCUGGUGUUGGAAAUAGAGGAAUACAAAUCAAGCUGUCAAGCUACCUCUUUAACAUGUGCAGAGAGUCGGAGCCCUUCAUUCAUGUGUGAAGCAAGCUGAAUGUUUGGCUGUGGCUGGCAAGUUUGUCUCUCCUCCCAAAAGUCCCGUUUUAAAAAAUGUAGCUGGCUGAGAAGACGGUGAAAGUGGCCACUGAAUUCUGGCGGAUCGGAGAGGACAAACUUCCCUUCCUGCUUUGUCAAGAUUCAUUGGAGGGAACUUCUUUUGGAAGGGAACGCAGUUAGGUUGGGUAUUAAUGAAAGAAUGGACAGAAACCAUUCAUCUCUUUCAGUAUCUGUUCUCUUUGUGCCACCUGAGUUCUCAUUAUUGCUGACGUGACGCUGUUCUUCAUUUGAAACUCUCAAACACCAAAUGACUGUGCAUUUCUCUCUGACAUGGAUAGACUGACAGGGAGGGGUUACAGACUGCAAGAAAAGACCUCCAGUUGUUGGCUUUGGCCUUAUGUCUUACCAGCCAGUGUGGCGGCCAACCAGCCAGUGUUGACAUGUCCUGCAGUUUUCCAUAAUUUCAGUCAUGGAUGAUGAUGCUGCCUGAGGCUUCCUUUUUUAAUUUUUUUUAAAAAUUUAAUCUCUCUGUAGCUCUAGCUCUCUAAGUGCUGUAUUUGAUCACCUGUAGCUUUUCUGUGAAUGUGAAACAAUCUGCCGUAUUUCCUUCCCAACACACUUCCUUAUACUUAUGAGGUGUGACACAAUCAUAUGUUCUCUAUAUAUGGACGUUGUACUCACCUGACUUAGUCUUGGUAUUUUCUUGAAAGAAACAAAACAAGUCAGGACCAUUUUGACUACUUGACUAGCCCACAGUAUCUGUUUAGCAGGAAGCCAAAUAGUCACCUGUAGGGUUGCAAAUAAUGAUUAUUCUCAUUAUCAAGUAAUGUCUUUUUUUUUUUUUUUUUUCAAUUAAUAGUUUUGUCUAUAAGGUGUUAAAAAAAAGGCAAAAUGUCCAUCACAUUUUCCCCAUGUCCAAGUUGAUGACAUUAAAUGUCUUUUCUUUUUUUUGUCUGACAAACAGUCCAAAACUCAAAAGAUAUGCAGUUUACACUGAUAUAAAA